AUGGCCAAAUAUUGUGCACAUAAUACUUCAAACUAUAGCUGGUCCAUCGAUUGGAUUGAACUCAUUCAAACUUUUGGAGUUAUCGUGGGAGUUGUAGCCUGCGGGUGCAGAGUGAUAAAUGAUGGCCCAUUCAAGGCCGCAAGGGCUUCAACGAGCUUCAGAGAUGCAUUCAAGCUUAACAAGCACUGGACUUUAAAGCUUGUAGAGUGGAGGGAUACACCACUUCCAUUUCGAGUUCAAAACCGCGUCUGCAAGAAGCUACUAUAUGAUAUAGUAAGAUUUGUUCUGAAUUUCUGCAUUGGAGUUCAGAUUCUCUUUGUUUCGGCUGCCAAACCAGCUCAGAUUCUCUCUGUUUCACAUGAAAAACUAUGUCAAGUCCUCCGUGCUAAAUUUGGGAGUACAACUCUCUUCCGUUUCUGCAAGAAAAUAUUCAGAGUUGGAGGAUCCGAAACUUCAAGGUAUGCAGCACAAGUGGAUUUUAAGCAAUAUGUUCUUCUACUUGAAGGUGAGCCAAAGUUGCCUUAUAUUAUGCUCAAGAGCAUCUGCAUGGAGGCGGAUAGGCUGAUACAGCAAGGCAAAAAUAAGCAACCCACGAAUCUGAUCCGACUUCUGAGGAAAUCUGCAAACUUCAAUGGGGUGGAACGAUUUGACAGCAACCAAGUUCCAAGCUUGCAUUCUCAUGAACCGCCAAAUUGCUGGUCUCUGCCCGUCGUGACUUUGAUGACUAUUUUAGUUGCACUAACCGAUAUUGCUGAUGAUGAGGCUAACCAGCUACUGGCUAGUGUUGCAGAGGGCUUGUCAAUUGUGAAGCUCAUCGAGAAAACUUUAGACAGAAAUGCGGAGUUGGAAAGCAUCGUGAAAGCAGCUGAUGUGGUUUGGAUUGGAGUUGAAGUGUAUAGAAAAUGGAAUGAUAAAGAUCUUGACAGCACGAGUGUGAGAGGUGCAACACUCAUGGAAACACUGCAAAACCUCUCCAAUAUUGCAGAAAAGAUUGUGACAGAAUUCAUGGCUCAAACAAGAGAUGUUCUGAUGCAGGACCCUCUCAAUUGGCCAGCUAGAGUCAUAGCUGCUAACUCAAUGUAUAGGAUUGUUCAGAUGAUCAUGGUAAGGAUGACAAAUGGCGAGCACCAAAGUGAUGCCGAACUGUUUGAGAGUGUAUCCAUCACCAUCGCGGAUAUAAUAUCAGCGUGCCUCACCAAUCUAGUGCGAGUCAUAACACUCAAGUGUCAAGGAAAUGACUAUAUGGAAAGGCAUAAGGGCGUGAGCCGAGCAGCUAUUCUUCUUGGUGAGAGUACGGAUAUUCUUGAUAUUCUGCAGCAGCGCGAGGUUCCAAGUUUGGAUGUCGAGAAAGCUGGAAUAUUGAUGAGUGGAGGGCAUCCAUAG